CAUUAUCCAAAUGACCGCUGUAAGCCUACGGCACGAGGGAGGGAACGUACAUAUUUUCCAAACCUGCGCCGCCGGCCGGGGCCUGCAGCAGCACGGCAGAAGCGCAUUAGCCUGGCCGGUUCCAUGCCUACACCGUUUGGGUCCAAAGCGUCCGGGCACCUCCUUUGCGGGCGCCAAUGCUGCCCGGGUUGCGGCUCAUGAAGAGAGAGGAAGGAGGCGAAAAGUUAGGGCAGGUUCGCCUCCUUUAGUCCGCCCCCCCUCCCUUCUAUGGAGUUUCGAUUCCUCCCGCGGACUCAUCCUUUGUGCAAGGGGAAAGCACAACUCAGCCGGGCCGCUCCGCCCAUUCUCUUUACUUUCCCCCUUUUCCCGCGCCAGAGGAAGUAGCCCAGCCACGAGAGCGCCCGCUAGACUUUCAUUGAUCGGCGACUUCCAGCUUCGAUCAUGGCGAGUGGUGCCCAGUACCCCUUCCCGGGCAAUGCGCCCCUGCCGCGUUACGAGCAGCUGAAGGAAGAGCGAGAUUUGGCGCUGGUCGAGGCGAACAUUCCGGCCGGCACCACCGUGGUCCACGUGCACCCGCAGGUCGUCGUGGCGCCCGCACGCGACCAUAUUGUCUGGUCUAUCUUCAGCACGCUGUACUGCAACUUUUGCUGCCUUGGGUUCAUGGCCCUGGCAUUUUCCGUCAAGGCACGGGAUCGCAAAGUGGUUGGUGACCAUAGUGGUGCUAGCAGCUACGGUUCCACUGCCAGGUGCUUGAAUAUCACAGCCUUGAUGCUGAACCUCCUGAUCAUCUUCCUGAUCAUCAUCCUCUUUGCUGUGGGGAUUAUUAGUGUUGCAAGAUUCCAGCAUGGAGUCUAAGAUGGCAAUUAAACCAUGUUGCAACGUGACGACAUUCAAUCUCUUGCCUCCUUUCUGCACAGGCUUCUACCCAGCUAGCGCUUGUUUCUUGUUCAUUUGGUGGAUUUUGGCUAGAGUCAAAUGUGGUGGUAAUUCUGAUGAAUUUGCAUUGCCCAUAGAAAAGCUUUUGUGUUUUCUAAGAUGGAGGUACUCAUUUCAAGAGCUGGCCUCCAGCUGAGAAUUGUGCCAUUAAUAGAGUUGGAUUUUUAAAUAUUUCAUAUGGCCUUGUGGCCCCUUCUAUUCUUGAUAUACUAUUUUUCUAUUGAAUGUAACCAGACAAUUUUCUGCUGAAUUGAACGAAUUCAAAAAGUCCUUCUGGGGCUAAGUGGUGGCUGUUUAAUGUUGAGAUCAUUGUAUAUAAAAUUCCUCUGAGAAGAGCUUGGCUGGCUAUACAUUUUUUCCAAGCCCUGCUCCUGUUAUAAGGAAAGCAGAUUUUCUGCUUGAUAUUUUUCUAUUUCUCUGUAGUAAAAAUAAUACCUCCUGAGCUCUUCUGAAUGUUGUGAUAAUAAAUUGUUUUAUGAAAAUCUCA